AGUAGUACGAGAAAAACACACACAAACGUAUCGAUAAAGAAAUCGAAGAACAACACGCGUUUUGAUCGACAUCCGUCGGAUUGAAAUUGUGAAAAAUCCCGUGGCAGGUCAAAAUAUGCCUAGCUCAUAAACUAACAAAGUGCUUAGUUGAAGAAACGCGAUGAGUAAAGGCAACGAAAACGAACCGGCAAAGCUACUGCUCCCCUUCUUACAACGAGCUGAUGAGUUGCAAACUCACGAUCCUCUCGUCGCUUAUUACUGUCGGUUGUAUGCCAUGGAACGAGGAUUAAAGAUUCCGCAAACUGAGCGUACUAAGACUACAAAUGCUCUUCUUGUUUCUCUUAUGAAACAGCUUGAGAAGGAUAAAAAGUCACUAGAGUUGACACCGGAUGAUGGUUUACAUAUAGAAGGAUUUGCACUGAAUGUCUUUGCCAAGGCGGAUAAGCAAGACCGGGCUGGCCGAGCUGAUAAGGGUACUGCAAAGACCUUCUAUGCCGCUAGUAUUUUCUUUGAAAUUCUUAAUCAAUUUGGCCAACUUCAACCUGAUCUUGAGCAGAAACAGAAAUAUGCAGCAUGGAAAGCUGCAGAUAUAAGCAAAGCUCUCAAAGAAGGAAGGAAACCUGUUCCAGGCCCUCCUGGGGUUGAUAAUGAUCUAUCCAGUCCGUCUAGUAUUGGUUUUAAUCCUGAAACAAGCAAUAUGGAUCCGGCUCCAAAAUCAGCACCAGAAUUUGAUCCAUCGUCUCACAACUAUGAUAAAAUUGAUCGGCAACUGUCCUCAAAUACUGCUCCAUCACAUCCCUCAAGCUUUUUAUCAUCAACUUCUCCCAACAUUGCUCCAUCUUCUUAUACUAGUACUACCAACAAAAUUCAAUCCCCUAGUUUCCCUCAGCCCCCCUCGACUGAUGAUUACCCAUCUCAUAAUUUCCAUCAACAACCUCUGAAUGAUGAUUAUCCGUCCCUUCAACCACCGAACCUCACUAGCAGAUCAGAAAAUAAUUCAAAUGAUCAUCUAUAUCAGCAACAGCCAUUUCCAGAAGAACCUCAACCUCAUUUGCCACAAUACCAAACUCAAGACAUUCCAUCUCAUUCAUUUCCAAACUUUCAGACUUACCCUAGUUUUACCGAGAGUAGUCUCCCUGCUGCUCCAUCACAUUACCCUUCUUUCUAUCAAGGUCCUGAUUCUUCAUACAACAUCACAUCAGCUUCCAUUCCAUUGAACUUCCCUUCAACAGCACAGCAGAGCUCAAAUGGUAGAAAUGGAAACAUUCCAGACCCUGCACCUAUUUCUGUCCAAGAAUAUCAAUACGAUAGCAAUUAUCAGCCUUCGCCUGAAAAGAUUGCAGAGGCACACAAGGCGGCAAAGUUUGCAGUGGGUGCACUGGCAUUUGAUGAUGUCUCAAUUGCCAUUGACUACCUUAAGAAAUCACUUGAACUUUUGACGAAUCCGUCUGCAGGUCAGUGAGUAUUGUUUGAGGAGUCCUAUAACAGGAAUGCUGGGUAUACGUCAUUAGAUUAUGUUAUAGUUUUUUUGGCCCAGUCUGUAAAGUUUUUAUAUAUAUUUAACAAAGAAGUUUGUCGCCGUUAUUUAACAAAGGAGUUUGUUCGUUGUUCCCCAAAGAAGCUGCUUUUUUCAGUCAGGAAAGAGUAGAAAGAGUUAGGAGGGUGAUACUUGUUAUGAUUGGAACAGUUGAUGCUCUUUCCUUGGUUUUGCUUCUGAAAUGGUUUGCAAAAUGUGAAACUCUUGUAUACCAUUUAUAUUUUUUUAAAACAAGUGACCCUUGGCUUUUGUUGCA